AUGGAGAGACGCCUCUGGACUGCUAUGAGAAUUAAUAAAGAUUUCCUGAAGACGACCAUUGAUGAGUAUUUGGGUGACACACAGGACAAAAGCAGAAUCCGAGAUUUAUACCUUGAGCUGUUGGGCGAUGUAAUUAUGUUGAUGCCCACUAUCGAAUUUGCCAGAUUUCACCGAGAUGCUGGGAACACAGUCUUCCUGUACGAGUUUCAGCACAGACCCAGUGUAUACGGAAACAUCCGGCCUGACUUUGUCAAGUCCGACCAUGGAGAUGAUAUUGGAUUUGUGUUUGGUGCUCCAUUUUGGAACAACGAUGUUAAAGUAUUAGUAAAUGUCACCGAAGAGGAGUUGGCUCUGAGCAGAACAGUGAUGUCCUACUGGGCUAACUUUGCAAAGAGAGGCAAUCCCAACGGGGAAGGGCUGGUACUGUGGCCACUGUAUGAUCAUGAUGAAGGAUACAUGCAGCUGGACCUGAAGCAACAGGCCGGGAGCAAGCUGAAGGAACACCGCGUCCAAUUCCACCUCGAGCUACAGAAACAAGAAAGAAAGAAGAGUGAGCAGAAUGUCAAAGCUGCUGGCCACCAGCGAUCAGAGCUCUAACAAUCCCAUAAUCAGCUGUUACCAUAAGCCAUAGGAGCAGCAAUAGGCCAUUCAGCCCAUCGGGUCUGCUCCAUCAGUCAGUGAGAUCACGGCUGAUCUAAUAAUCAUCAACUCUCUUUCCUGCCCUUUCCCCAUAACCCUUAUCCCUUCCUGAUUAAUAAUCUGUCCAACUCAGACUUAUUAAUGAGCAAGUGUCAACAGCCCCCUGUGGGAAAGAAUUCCAUAGAUUCACUCCCCUCUGAGAGAAGAAAUUCCUCCUGAUCCCUCUGUUAAAUGUGUGACGCCUUGUUCUGGGAUUUUACUUUCUCAUCCUAGACUCUCCCACAAGGAAAAGGCCCCUCUCUGUAUCUAACCUGUCCAUUCUCCUAAGAAUCCUGUCUGUUUCAAUUGGGUCAUCUCUUAUUAUUCUAAUUUCCAAUGAUUGCAGGCCCAACCUGCUC